AUGAGCAGAGACGUCUCGCACCAUACCGACAUCAGCAAGAUGAAGGUGGAGGGCGACGGCUCGUUCAAUCGCAAGGCGUCCCAGUUCCGGGACUCGCUCGAGAAGGGCGGGAAGUUUGAACCAGAGAAGGGUCGCUACCACCUCUAUGUAUCUUACGCAUGCCCAUGGGCGACGCGCACCCUGAUCAUGCGCCAACUGAAGGGGCUUGAAGAGUUCAUCGACGUCAGCGUCGUCUCCCCGCACAUGGGCGAGCACGGCUGGCCCUUCGCGAGCGCCGACGCGUUCCCGGGCACGGACGCGGACCCGCUGCACGGCGCACAGCACGUCAAGGACCUCUACCUGCGCGCUGCGCCCGAUUACGAGGGCCGCUUUACGGUCCCCAUCCUCUGGGACAAGAAGCAGGACACGAUCGUGAACAACGAGAGCUCGGAGAUCAUCCGGGAGUUCAACUCGGCGUUCAACCACCUGCUCCCGGAGGAGAAGGCGAAGCUCGAUUUCUACCCGGAGCACCUGAGGAAGGAGAUCGACGAGGUGAAUGAUUGGGUGUACAACACGGUGAACAACGGUGUCUACAAGUCCGGCUUCGCGAGCACGCAGGCGGCGUACGAGCAGGCGGUCCACCCGCUCUUUGCCUCGCUCGACCGACUCGAGGGGAUGCUCCAGGGCAAGGACUACCUCAUUGGCGACCAGCUCACGGAGGCGGACAUCCGGCUCUUCGUCACCAUCGUGCGCUUCGACCCCGUCUACGUCGGGCACUUUAAGUGCAACAUCCGCACGAUCCGCGACGGCUACCCCGCCAUUCACCGCUGGCUCCGCAAGCUAUACUGGAACUUCCCCGCAUUCAAGGAGACGUGCAACUUCGAACACAUCAAGACGCACUACUAUUGGUCUCAUCCCAUGAUCAACCCACACCGAAUCGUCCCCGUCGGUCCUAUCCCUGACAUUCUGCCUCUCGACAUUUGA